AUGGCCUCCAUACAGCCCCAACUAUACGAGUCCUUCGCCAUUCUGACACCUAGACUCAUCAUCGUCCCCACACCAAUCGCUGUUUCUUCGAAAACCUACCGAGCACUCUAUGCAGCGUUACAUGCCGAUGAGAGCUUUUGUUCAAUAGCUUUCGGCGAGCACUUUAAGGCUCGCAAUUGGAGCGACGAUGAAACGCGUGAAGUGAUUGAGACACGCGAUAUUGGACGCUGCUGGGAUCAACGCGGGCUGGGUGAUUUUGCCGUGGGGCUACGCAAAUCGAUUGGCCUAGACGAGACCGUGUCUUAUCAUCCCAACACAUCUGUUGUUAAGGGACGCGAUCUCCCGCUACUUGCGGGGCCGAAUGCGGAACGCCUGGAUCCGAUUGAGUGGAUCGGAUAUACCGGUGUCCGUGAUGCAACCACGACCUCGCUCCCGAAACGAGGAGUCAAUGAUUCCACUUUUCCACCGUGGAACGAGAUGGUCGAGCUGCGAUAUGGUCUUUCGCCCAAAUUUUGGGGCUCAGGAUUCGCAAAGGAAGCGGCGGAGGCGGUCAUGCAGUGGGCUGUGGACGAGCGCGGCGUGAAGAGAUUCAUUGCGGAGACGGAGAGAGAGAAUCAACAAAGUGCGAGGCUUUUAGAUAAAUUAGGAUUCGUUACAAGUGGAACGGAUUAUUGGAAAGAGCCAAGUGAGGUGGAAUGGGAACUGGUUGUACGGUAG